GCCCGGCCGUUGGGGCGCCGCUGCCUUGAGCGGGAUGGAGGAGGACUUCGUGCUGGCGCUGCAGCUCCAGGAGCUGUGGGAGGCGGAAGACAAGGAGGCGGCAGCAGCAGCACCAGCACCGUCUCCUGAGGCCUUGCGGGACCUUUCUCCUCUCCGGCCGCUAUCAGUGGUAGAUGAGGCGUGGGAGCUGCUGGAUCCCAGCCCCGAUGUGCACGGCCUCUUCGUGCAGUUCAACGAGGCGCUCUUCUGGGGGCGCCUGGCCGCGGUGGACGUGUCGUGGAGCCCGCGCAUGACCCUCUGUGCUGGGGUGUGUAAAUAUGAAGGAAAAGGUGGAAUGUGUUCCAUUCGUCUAAGUGAGCCACUCCUCAAGUUAAGACCAAGGAAGGAUCUUGUUGAGACACUGUUGCAUGAAAUGAUCCAUGCCCUGCUUUUUGUUACUAAUAAUGACAAAGAUCGUGAAUCACAUGGACCAGAGUUCUGCAAACACAUGCGUCGCAUUAAUCGGUUGACUGGAGCCAAUGUCACAAUCUAUCAUGAUUUUCACGAUGAGGUGGAUCUGUACCGCCAGCACUGGUGGCGAUGCAACGGCCCCUGCCAAAAUAGGAAACCUUACUUUGGAUAUGUGAAACGUUCGAUGAAUAGAGCACCCUCUGCACGAGACUUCUGGUGGGCUGAGCAUCAAGAGAAAUGUGGAGGUACAUUCACAAAAGUGAAGGAGCCAGAGAACUUCUCUAAGAAAUCCAAGGAGAAAACUCGGGCAGAAAAACUUCCAAAUUCCGAGUCACCUAAGAAAGGCAAGACAAAAACUCAUGAUAUGCAAGAUCUGGUACCCUUUAGUGGAAAGGGAUAUCGGCUUGGGGGAGGAGACAGUGGACUCUCAGAAAAAAGCACGAAUGAAACAUCUGGUUCACAGCUUCGUUCCCCAGUAAGGACAAUACCAAUCCCUAAAAAUGAGAUAAAAUUUGAAAAAUCACCCCGUAGUGGCAUCUUCUUCCCACUGCAUACUGGUGAUGCCACUGAGAAAAUCAGCUUAGCUUCAAAGCGUGAGUUUCCUAAACUCUCUGUUGCUAAUUCAAAAGCUUACAAGAAUGUGAGUGGAUCACCUGUUAAAAUUGCUCGUGUUAUGGAAGAAAAAUCAAACCAAGGCCCUGCAAGUGGCGAGAGGGUUAUGCCAUUCUAUAACAGGUCACCAAAACAAAUUUGUUUUGAGCAGACAACAGCAGGUCAGAAAAAAAGCUCAGAAGGUUCUAAUACACUUCAGCAAUGGCCAAAAAUGGAAGACAGAACUGCCUUUGAAAACUAUUUCAUUAAAAAAGGUGGUACUGGUGUCACUUCAAGUAUAAGUACACCUUCAAAAACCAAAGCUGAAUCUCCAGUAUCCUCUGCAAGUUCCAGCAAUGCUGUGAGGCAGGAUAAAAAAGUCAGUUGUCCUGUUUGCCAGACUGAGGUUUUGGAGUCUGAAAUAAAUGAACACCUUGAUUCUUGUCUUGCAUAAAACCUUUCAGAAAGCUGGCUCAAAAAGAUAAGCCAUUGCUUCAAAACUGCUUUGCCUCAGGGUUUGCUUAAGGUGUGGUUACUUCCCUAUGUGCCUGUUCUGAACUGGAAU